AUGAGGUUCUCAACUCCACUUCUCUUACUUGCCUCGGCCCUCCUCGUCGGCAUCAACGGUGCCCCCGCCGGAACCGACGUUGCUGCAAGAGAGUUCAACGAACUCGGUCCCCAGGCCGAAGUCCCCCAACUUGACGCCGCCGCCGCUGCUGCCGAUGCUGCCGAGGUUGCUGCUGUUGAACAGCGGAACGCCGCCUUGGCUGAGCGGGGCGAAGAGGUCGAGCUCCAGUCCCGACAGCUCCUUGGUCUUCUGAAGAAGGUCCUCAAGAAGAAGAAGAAGAAGAAGGCCAAGAAGGCGAAGAAGGCCGCGAAGAAGGCUAAGGCGAACGCCAACCCAGCGAAGGCGAAGGCCAAGGCCAAGGCAACGACACCUCCGCCUCCCAAGGGCAGUGUCGCUCCUCGGCCUGCGGCUCCGCCUCCUGCUCCGGCCACCCCUAACACGCCUGCCACGCCUAAUACGCCUCCUGCUCCUGCGGUGCCUCCUGCGGCUCCUGCGGCUGUUCCGCCCGCCGCUGUUCCUCCCGCCGUCCCUCCCGCCGGUGCUCCGAAGAAGGCCUCCGGCGCUGGAGCUGCUAACGCUGGUGCCGCGGCAGCGGGCGCCUCCAAAGGUAAACCAAACAACAAUCAACCCAAUCAACCCGCCCCCAUCCCUGCCGGUGCUGUCGCGGCCGGAGCUCUUGGCGGUGGUGCUGCUGGUGCUGCUGCUGGAGCUAAGCCCAAGCCGGGCAAUGCACCCGCAUCGAACCAGCCGCCGCCUGCCGCGGCUCCUCCGCCGGCGGCCCCGCAACAGGGCUCAAAUCCCAUCAGCCCCGCUCCGGCUCCGGCAGGAGCAAUCGAGGCCGGUGCUUUGAUCGGUGGUGCUCAGGGUCCUAGACCCGGUACACCGCCGGCGCCCGGUGCCGCCCCUCCCCCGAAGCUGGCCGGAGCAGGAAAUCUACCCCUUGCUGUUCCCGCGAGAAAAGCCGAGUGA